UAUCCAUACUCGUUCAAUAUGGGUACGUGUACCGCACUCGCGCCUGCGCUCUGCUGCCUAGUGGCAGGUUUAUUAUGGACUGGCACUGUGCUCGGUUCACCGGAUCGAGGAAACUACAAUUGGGCAACUUUGAGUUCGAACACCAACGUUACUGCUAUAAAAGUUAAUGACAAGCCAUAUCUGAGAAUUAACAAUAAGCAAAACAACGUCGCCAACGUUAAUGAUAGAAGAACCAUCAUGUGUAAAGGAGAAAAUUUAAGAAAUGAUACUCGAAUGGAAUUUUAUGAUCCCUCUGGCGUUAAGAUACAACAAACAACAUACAAGGAUGAAAGGGUCCGUGUGGAUCUGCGCGCCGGUCGCGGACAAGACCCCGUGGAUACCUGGUGUUGUUGAUGGACAAUAUGACGGUCACGGACUCGGGGACAUAUACCUGCAGGGCGGGGGAACUUAACGACACGAUUACUAUUAUUGUGAACGGAACGACAGUUGGUGCACAACCUGGUGUAGGUGGCCCCGGAGCUUGGAAUGAUGGACCUCCUGGUGCACAACCUGGUGUAGGUGGCCCUGGAGCUUGGAAUAAUGGACCUCUUGGUGGACAGCCUGGUGUAGGUAGCCCCGGAGCUUGGACUAAUGGACCGUUUGGUGGGCAGCCCGGCGGCGUAGGAAGCCCCACAGCAUUGAAUAAUGGACUAGUUGGCGGUAGCAGUUUAUAUGGUCAAGGACCUCCCGGUCCUCCCGGAGGUUGGAAUCAUGGACCGAUUGGCGGUAGCGGCAGUUUUGGUCCCGGAGGAUGGUACAAAGGACCGAUUGGCGGUGGCGGCAGUUUAUUUGGUCCCGGAACUCCUGGACGAUGGCAUAAUGAGCAGACCUUCAACAACCAAGACUCAUCAAAGAAGGCAGACUCGGAUACGCUGACGGUGGGCACCUCAGGGUCUUCGAGUCCUCAAGAGGUUCACUUCGCGCUGUCUCUGGUGCCGCUGCUUCGCGCGCAGCCUCUAGCAGAGAAACUGCAGAAGGAGGCUGACAUCUUGAGGACAUUCAAUCCGAACCAUGUAUUCCCUGGAUUUCACCAGCCUAUAGUAUAUCCAGGGGCCUACACGCCUGCUCAGGCAUACUAAUAAACUGUAAUUUCGUUUGAAAUAUUUGUCAGGUUAAAAACAAAAGUUAGUAAUGUCAUCGAUUUGUGGUUUGUGGUAGAAAUUAUUGAGCUAUAUAGAUUGUCAUCUGACGCUUACCAUCAGAAUAAAUCAUUCAUUCAAUAAG